AUGCUCAGCAUCGUCCACUCGCUUGUUCUCCUCGUCAUCGCCUCGGCAACGCGUGCGCUCGAGCCUGCACAGCUUUCCCCGCUCGUCCUACACGAAUCUCGCGCGCCGCCUCCCGGAUGGACACCCGUUCGCCGCGCCGACCCCAGCACGCGCCUUCCGCUCCGCAUCGGCCUCGCCCAGCGCAAUCUCGAAAACAUAGACCAAUUCCUGCUCGACGUGUCGCACCCUGACUCGCCCAACUACGGGCGCCACUGGAGUGCCGAGCGCCUGCGCGAGACGUUCGCUCCAGACGCAGAGGCUGAAGAGGCGGUGCGCGACUGGCUGGAGGAGGAGCUCGGCGAGGGCAGCGUGAAGGCGCGCCCGGGAGGAUGGCUCACGGUAGACGUGAGCAUCGCCGAGGCAGAGAGGCUGCUCGGGACGGAGUACUUUGUGUGGCAGUACGGGGAGAACGGACGGGAGCAUCUCGCGUGCGAGGGGCGGUACCACCUCCCAGAGCACGUGUCGCACCACGUCGAUCUCGUCCUGCCGACCCUGCAUUUUGACGUGAAGAUGCCGCGGACGGUCAGGCGCGAAUUGGACGCGCGCUCCAAGAACAUCGGUGCACCAGGGAACAGUAUCGUGCACCCCAAGUUCCGUGCGAUUCCUCAGUCUCCGUUGGCGAGCUGCGACGCGCAGAUCACGCCGGACUGUCUCCGCGCGUUAUACGACUUUGCAUACUACCCCGUCGCAACGGACAAGAACACCAUUGGGAUCGUCGAAUACUCGCCCGAGGCAUUUCUGGACGCCGACAUGGAUGCUUUCUUUGCCAACUUCUCACCCUCGCAAGUAGGACAGCGCCCUGCAGUCAUAUCCAUCGAUGGCGGCUACGAACAAACGCUUUAUGAAGGCUUCAGCAUCAACGGCGAGGCGGAACUCGACCUCCAAUACGCGAUGGCGCUCGUCGGCGCGAACCAGAACGUGACGCUCUACCAGGUCGGCGACCUCGUCGAGGGCGGAUCCUUCAACAACUUCCUGGAUGCGCUCGAUGCGUCGUAUUGCACUUACGAAGGUGGCGAUGACCCCGAGCUUGACGGGACGUACCCGGAUCCAUACGGCGGGUAUCAGGGCUCGGAGAAUUGCGGCACGGCUCCGCUGUCGAAUAUCAUCUCGACGUCGUACGGAUACACGGAAGCCUACCUUGGCGCGGCGUACAUCCAACGGCAAUGCUACGAGUACGCCAAGCUCGGUCUCAUGGGCGUGACGUUCCUGUACUCUUCGGGCGACGACGGCGUCGCAGGGAACGGCCAGUGCCUCGACGCGGACGGAAACGAGAGCUACGACGGUACGCGGUUCGACCCUGGUUUCCCUGGAACAUGUCCCUACGUCACGGCCGUCGGUGCGACGCAGAUCGUUCCGGGAAAUUCAGUCUGGGAGCCAGAAGUCGCAUGCGACACGAAUAUCUACUCGGGCGGCGGCUUCUCGAACGUGUUCGCGCUGCCUAGCUGGCAGCGCGACGCGGUGGAAGGGUAUUUGACGAACUAUCCACCGCCGUACGCUGCGGACAUAUACAACUCGUCGGGGAACUCGAGAGGGUAUCCGGACAUCGCUGCGAAUGGGUUGAACUAUACGGUAAUGGUUGAUGGAGAGGCCACGCUUGUAUCUGGGACAUCUUGCGCGUCGCCCGUCGCUGCUUCUAUCCUCUCAGCCAUCAACGACGCGCGUAUCGCGCUCGGGAAGAGCGCCAUCGGGUUCAUCAACCCAACCAUCUACACGCCCGUGUUCCAACAGGCCUUCAACGAUGUCACGUCGGGGAAUAACCCUGGGUGCGGGACGGAUGGGUUCUCGUCGGAGCCGGGGUGGGACCCCGUCACUGGUCUGGGGACGCCCAAUUUCCCGGAGCUGCUUGCUUUGUGGCUGGCGCUGCCGUGA